UCGACUCCGUACAACCAAGUGAAGCUCUCACACACAAAUCUGUGUGUGUUUGUCCUGCUCAAUCAGCUGCUGACGUGACCACAGAUUUGUGUAUUAUUCGCACUCCAGUGUGGGGAUGCACUAACACAGUGUGUCCACAUGGCUCGUGCAGACGGUGCCACAUUGACAACAACUGGGAUCGUCAUCAGCAAACUCCCUCACAUCCACUGAUCUUUGCACAGACACACACAGUUGUGCAAUGCAACAGUGCAACAGUGUUAUAGUGUAACAGUGUAACAGUGUAACAAUGUAACAAUGUAACAGUGUAACGAUGAAACGGUGAAACGGUGAAAACGUGUCUUACCGUGUAGUGGAUCUGCAGCGUGUCUCCCAUUGUGGAAAGUACAGAGCAAGUUUCUGGUCCCUCCUUUGGAUCACAAGAAAGGUGAGACCGUUAGAAAGCGGUACAUUGAUUUAGCAGUGUGUGCUUCUGUUUUACAGCUGCAGUGUGUUUUCGUGUGUUUGUAAGUGUGUGUGUGUGUGCGUGUGUUUGUGUCACUCACCAGGAUCUCCACCUGAAGCUCCUCGGCUGUGUUGUCUUCUCCACAGGUGAAAGCUGUGAGCAGCAGCAGCAGCAGCAACACGUUGCUCUUCAUCGUGAACUUCUGCAAAAGAGAAGAAGCCAUAAGCAACAACUUCCGUGUCUUCUUCUUCUUCUUCUUCUGUCAGAGAGAGAGAGAAGCCGAGAGUCACAGUCAACCCGCGAGCCCUCAGUCAGUCCAAAAUGGCUCAGCGGCAGCCUAAUGCUGAUGUGUUAUAAUAGAAGCGAUAAGGAUUGGAGGUCUGUGGACGUUGUCCCACCACCUGGGUCUCUCUCCCUCUCUCUCUCUUUCUCUCUCUCUCACAGAGCCCGCCUCAAACAUUCCGCCAACAGCAUCCCAUUAGGCCAAGGGAAGCGGAAGCGGCGCUGUGUGCGUGUAGAAGCGCUGGGGGGCGCUGUUGGUGGUGUCCUGUGUGUGUUUCUGCAGCCUGUCCGAGCUGUCACAGUCUGCUGCACACGCCACGUCCCUGUUAUAAGCCCACAAUCCUGACUGUGGAUGAGGAGGAGGCGGCUUCCCUUUGGUGGAAACCUGCUUUAUUUAAAGGGGUAGUUCACCGUAAGAGGAAAAUGCACUCAGCAUCUAUUCACCACUGUACCGAUGGAGGGAUAGUAGUGAUACUGCUCCUGAAGUGUCAUCCAGGUGUCUGUAGGCUCCGAAAUUCCAAUUCGACUCGAAACAAGCCUUCCCUCGUAACUUAUCCCCCUUCGUCAACUGACGCUGGCAUUCAGCAUCACGACUGCAGCUGCUCUCUGAAGUUUAAAAUCCUCAUCUGAAUCAUGGGAAACAUUUUUGGGAAUUUGCUGAAGAGCCUCAUCGGUAAGAAGGAGAUGAGGAUCUUGAUGGUGGGGCUCGAUGCUGCAGGGAAAACAACAAUACUCUACAAGCUCAAGUUGGGUGAAAUCGUCACCACAAUCCCAACCAUCGGGUUUAAUGUGGAGACGGUGGAGUACAAGAACAUCAGCUUCACUGUGUGGGACGUUGGUGGGCAAGACAAGAUUCGCCCCCUCUGGAGACACUAUUUUCAAAACACACAGGGUCUAAUCUUUGUGGUGGACAGUAACGACAGAGAGCGCGUGAACGAGGCACGAGAGGAGCUGAUGAGGAUGCUCGCCGAGGACGAGCUCAGGGAUGCAGUGCUCCUCGUUUUUGCCAAUAAACAGGAUUUACCAAACGCCAUGAACGCUGCUGAGCUCACAGACAAGCUGGGCUUACACUCCCUGCGCCACCGUAACUGGUACAUCCAAGCCACCUGCGCCACCAGCGGGGACGGGCUCUAUGAGGGUCUUGAUUGGCUGGCCAAUCAACUCAAGAACAAGAAAUAAGAAGACAACUGGAAACAGCAGCUGGAAGCUGCACCCAUCCACCUUUAUAUUGAUUUUUUUUGAGAAUGGGGCUGUGGGUCAGGAACAAGGGUUUUGGUUGAUUUGUGCAAAGAAAGAUUCAGGGUCAUUUUCAGUCUGUUGAGGACUCCAAUAGUUUUCAGCUUUCAUUGCAAACAGAUUCUCACAUACUCAUAUUUCACCACUCACACACUCACACACACACUCACACGUGCACUCACCAGAACACUAACUGUAAACAUCACAGCCGACACUUCCUGUGUUCACCUCUUGUCCUUAGACGCAGUGUACUGUGUGUUCGUCUGUAGGUGCUGUACCGAGGCAUGUGUGCUACUCCACUGAGUCGACAAUGAAUCAAAUAGGACUUUUUUUGUUGCUGUCAGUCGUCCAUGCAAAGCACUUGUGUGUGUCGUUUGCACUUCCUGUGUGUUUUUUCCUUCUUUCCCUGUGGGAGCCAUGAGAACAAUCACAGCCAGCAGAUUCACGUCACCAUGAUUCAAACUGCGCCUACCUUUAAUUUGACGAGCAACUCUGAGGCACUUUGACGUUCAGAUAACGUGUGUCCAUAUGAAAUGUAUGUUUUCUUGCAAGCGGCUCAGACACACAACAACAGUCCUCUUACUGCCUCAUUUUUAAAGCCUUUUGAUAUCUGUGGCAUCUUUAUACAAUCCGCGCGUGAGAUCCUGAAGCGCUGAAGCCCCCCCUUUUUAAAUCUUUACAAAUGCACUGCACAGUCUCGACCGUCUGACCUGCAUGCACCGAGGUAGAUGUCGCUUGCAAUGCUGCGUACCUUUUUCUUCCUCUGAGCUGCAUGGAUGUUGACGCUGUUUGCUAUAUUUCCUCAAACUAGCCUGAUUGUGUUCUGGUGCUGUUUGCAAAAAAAACAACUCUGUCGCCACUUCCUGCUUAUUACUUUGUGCUUAAAACUGCGUAGUCAGCUUCAUGGUCUGUUAAUGGGGAAGCAGGGUAUCGGUUGACCUGCAGAUAAACACAAGACACACAAGACCAGCAUAGAUGCUGCUCGUCUGCCAUCUUGUUUUGGUCCAUGUGAGUCACUCAAACUGCUUCAGGUUGCUCUCGCUUCACGUGUUCUUGUCUCCGACCUGCAUAUCGAGGGAGCAGGUAAUGGUUGGUGAUUCCGUCGCUGAUAACUCUGUGUUACUGAAUGUGAAUAUUGUUGAAUCUAUAAAUGGCUGUACUGUAAUUUAUUUGACAUGGAUUUUCCUUUAUUUUAUGUGACGUGUCAGCAUAAUUAUACGACACCAAGCAGGGUAAACAGAUUUAUACGUGGGUGUUGUAGUUUUGGGAGAUUCAUCAGCACGUCCGCGACGUCGCCCCUGAUACCAGCAGAAUCCACCGAUUUCUGUCAAUAGAAAUGAUUUGUGUGUGCCAUACUGCUACUCACUCACCAGUGACAGUGCAACAUACUGUAUAUUCACUCCAACCUGUCAAUGCAUUGUUUACAUUCAACAUGUUUAGUCAUGAGUUUUAUCAUUUGGGUUUUGUGGCCUUAUAUUUCGUCAUGACUUCACAUGACUUUCCUUGAGCUAGUUUGAGUCACAUAUAUUUAUCUAUGGUAUAUAGAAUGAUUUGCAUAUUUAUUUCUCUAUGCCCUCAAGAGGCAGGUUUUUGCACCACGACGUGAGGUGAUGAGGCAAAGGUUUUUGUCCGACAGUAUCGUUUGUUCUGCGAGUAAACUUGAUUCAUAUUUGAUGGUAGGUUUCUUUGGUUUGUUUUUUGGGGUGUAAAGAAACUUUGAUGUAGACAGUCUCUGUGAAAUAAUGAUGAUCAGUGCGAACAUAGAAAUAAAAAAAGGCAAAAAAAGUCCAA